GGCAUGCGCGGCCGGUUCCAGCUGCGGUCGGAUGGGGAACUGGGCCUCAGGGUUCACUGCUGUUGCCGUAGUGCCGCGUGCCGCCCCUUCUCACGCGCGGAAUGUUGCUUCUGGCGCUGGGCAGCUCGUGGGAGGCCGGACUUCGGCUUGGCGGGAAGAGGACGGCGCUGUGGGCGGCCGCCGCUCUUCGAGGCUUUAGGGCGGCCGCCUCGCGGGUGGCCCCCGGUAGCGGCUCCUCGGGGCUGGUUGGCCGCAGAAGCGCGUGGCUGUGGGGACCUUCUGCGGGGAGCCCGGUUCUCGGGCGGCGGGUGCGAACGCAGGUACCUCUUUGUUGGGAAGGAUGCAUUCGAUGCUUACAUACACAGCUUGAAAAAUCAGAAGAUGGAAGGCUGAUUUAUACUGGGAAUCUGGCACGAACAGUAUUUGGUGUGAAAUGUUUCUCUUAUUCUACAAGUGUCAUCAGCCUUGCAUUACUACCAUACAUUUUUGCACAAAACAAUAUUAUAUUUGGAAGUCUGCCUUUGCAAAUAUUAUUUUAUGGCAUCAUAGGAAGCUUUACAGUGAUCACUCCAGCACUGCUUCACUUUAUUACAAAAGGCUAUGUUGUUCGGUUGUACCAUGAAGCUACAACAGACACUUACAAAGCCAUUACUUACAACGUUGUGCUUUUAGAAACAAGUACCGUGUUUCACCAGAAUGACGUGAAGAUUCCAGACAGCACACAUGUGUUUACCACAUUUUAUGCUAAAACGAAAUCGCUGUUAGUUAAUCCAAGGCUCUUUACAAACCCUGAAGAUUAUAACCAUCUAAUGGGUUAUGACAAACCAUUUACUUUUGAUAUGGAGGAAGACAGUGAGAAGAAACAGGGUAAAGAUGAGAAAUGAGUCUAUUGUGUUUUACAUUUGUGCUUAAAUGUGAUUUAUGUUCCAGUGUAUAUUAAUAAAGUUGCCUUUACUUUU